CGAUCGGUGCUGUCAUUUUUGUGGAGUGUUUUCUUUUCGCUCGACUGUGUGCUCUCGUUUUGUAAACGCCAGAAAGAAAAGAAAACGAAAUCCUGCAUCUAGUUGAUCCACUUCUCUUUUCCCUUCUGAUUUUCCCGACCGCGCGCACACACACACACACAAAGCACCGCACCGCGUUUUGAAGUGGUGAAGUGAACCGGACGACCGCCGUCCGCCAGAACACAAAACCGACCAGCAGUGUCGUCCGUCCUAGUUUCCGAGCUCCCCUGUUUGAAAGUGUUGCACACACAUACUCGCCGUGUUCCUUUGCCUUUCCCCGUUGCAGUGUUUAGUGUUUCGCUUCGUCCGGUCGUGUGUGCGUGUGUCCGGUUCGUCUCCGGUUCCGGAAGGUUUCAAUCCGUGCCUAGCACAAAUCGUCGAUCGUCGUCGAAAGCUGCUGGAGGAGGGGCUGCCUAACAUAAGGGGAUAGUAGGCACACAUCCAGCUCGGUCGCUCUGCCCUACCGUCGUGUACCGUUCAAGUGGGUGUGAGUAAUUUCACACCGCCGCCUGUGUAUGUGUUUUUUUUUUGCAUUUGAGCACGAAUUCCAAAUUAUCGGUGUAAAAAAGCAGUAGCAGUGGUGUAGUUUCUAUCGUGGAAGAGGGAAGACGGGCACGGCAGUACGUGUGCGGUAGCGGUGUGUGCUAUCACGGGCGGUGGAUCGUGGGAAGAAAAGUAGUGCGAAUCGUGCGGGAGAAAACGAGAAAGAAAGAGCAAGUGAGUGAGAAAGAGAGUGAGAGCGAGAACGCGUAGGGGAAGAUUUGUGCAAAUGUAUUGACGACCAUCAUCAUCAUCAUCAGCAGCAGCAGCACGGUCGGAAACAUCGUCAUCUACAAACUAUCGGUGUCCCAAUCGAUUGGAUGUGUGGUGCACUUCAUCACCAUCGACAAAAGAAUUCCGGUGCUGUGCGGUGGCCGUGUGUGUGCUGUGUCGUCGUCGGUCGUGACGGUUCACGGUUCCGCACAGUGUGUGUCGGAGUGUAGUCGGAUGCAAAGUGUCGGCGCAAGUGUGCCGUCGUCGUCGUCGUCGUCGUCGUCAAAGCGGUGAAACUAGCGGUUAAAGCAACCCCCUAGCACACAUCCGGAAGCGCGAGUGGUGUGGUGCGGUGGAGAAGAAGCAAAAAAAAAGAGCGUGCUGAGGUAAUCUCUCAACGAGGGCGAGGAGAAGCAGAUCAAAGUGUGCGGCGGCGGAGGUGGAGCGGCUUCAAGAUGACACUGAACGAUGAGAAUGGGGCCAGCAGCAAUAAUGUUGUCGUCACGGCAGCAAGUGGAACGGGACUGUCAGCGGCGGGAACCGGAUCAGAUCGACCAGCGCCAGCAGGUACGCAGCCGGUUGGGAUGGGUGGUGGUGGUGGUGCAACCACCGGGCAAGCGACUGGCCCAAACGGGGGCAUCGGGGCACCCAUCAACAGUAGUGCGAACAAUAACAACAACAACAACAACAACAACAACAGCAGUAUCAUCAACUCCGGCAACGGCGGUACGGCAGCGGCAAACGCGGCUGCGACGGCAACGGCACUAAGCAACAGCACCAAUAACAACAACAACAACAACAAUAGUAUUAGCAACGGCAACGGACAGAAUGGCAAGCAGCAGCAGCAGCAGCAGUCACAGGGUCCACCAACUGGCGGCAGCCUGGAGAAGCGGCCGAGCAGCAGCAGUGCGACGAGCGGCACCGGCAGCGGUCGCUACAUCAUACCGAAGUUUUACGAGAUCGAAACGCUGCCCCCGCUGAAGGACGCCGAUCCGGCCGAGCGGGAGGAGCUGUUCAUCCAGAAGCUGCGCCAGUGCUGCGUCCUGUUCGACUUCUCCGAACCGCUGAACGAUCUGAAGUACAAGGAGAUCAAGCGGUGCGCGCUGCAGGAAAUCGUCGAGCAUCUGAACAACCAGAGCAACGUGAUUACCGAGCCGAUCUACCCGGAAGCGUUCAACAUGGUGGCGACCAACCUGUUCCGCACGCUGCCCCCGUCCUCCAACCCGAACGGGGCCGAGUUCGAUCCGGAGGAGGACGAGCCGACGCUCGAGGUGUCCUGGCCGCAUCUGCAGUUCGUGUACGAGCUGUUUCUGCGGUUUCUCGAGUCGCCCGACUUCCAGCCGAACGUGGCGAAGCGGUACAUCGACCACAGCUUCAUCCUGAACCUGCUCGAGCUGUUCGAUUCGGAGGAUCCGCGCGAGCGCGACUUCCUCAAGACGGUGCUGCACCGGGUGUACGGGAAGUUUCUCGGGCUGCGCGCCUUCAUCCGCAAGCAGAUCAACAACAUCUUCUACAAGUUCAUCUACGAGACGGAGCACCACAACGGCAUUGCCGAGCUGCUCGAGAUACUGGGCAGCAUCAUUAACGGAUUCGCGCUCCCACUGAAGGAGGAGCACAAGCAGUUCCUGCUCAAGGUGCUGCUGCCGCUGCACAAGGUCAAGAGCCUGUCCGUGUACCAUCCGCAGCUGGCGUACUGUGUGGUGCAGUUUCUCGAGAAGGACGCCAGCCUGACGCAGCCCGUCAUCAAGUGUUUGCUCAAGUUUUGGCCGAAAACGCACAGCCCGAAGGAGGUGAUGUUUCUGAACGAGCUCGAGGAGAUACUGGACGUGAUUGAGCCGGCCGAAUUCCAGAAGGUGAUGGAACCCCUGUUCCGCCAGAUCGCCAAGUGCGUCUCCAGCCCGCACUUCCAGGUGGCCGAGCGGGCACUGUACUACUGGAACAAUGACUACAUCAUGUCGCUGAUAUCGGAAAACUCGAAGGUGAUCAUGCCGAUCAUGUUCCCCGCCCUGUACAGCAACAGCAAGUCGCACUGGAACAAAACGAUCCACGGGCUGAUCUACAACGCGAUCAAGCUGUUCAUGGAGAUGAACCAGCUGCUGUUUGACGAGUGCCACCGGAAGUACCAGGCGGAGCAGGAGACGGAGCAGGAGAAGCUGGCCCAGCGGGACGCCCUGUGGCAGCAGAUGGAGGAUCUGGCCGCGCGGAACAGAAAUUGUGUUGGAAAAUUCCCUACAAAUGGUGCGCUUCACGUACUUUACGUUCUUAAAACGAUUCGAAGCGAAGACGGUCGAACAAUGAUUUAAACAAUGGCCGAAGUAUUCGAGUAUUGCUGUGUUAGGAGGAACAAAAUAGAGCCCCCGAGUCGGAAUGGAAUGGAAUGAUUUUGUGUGUGUUUUUUUUACGAAUUAAAUUUAUCGAACAGAAAAAAGAAAUUCCUUCCUUGUACCGUUCCUUGCAGAAUGUAGACUGCGUGUAGGUUCUCUCAGCAGAUAAUACAUAUGCGUGAGUGCGUGAAUCAUGAUCGUGAAAUUGUACAUACUCUGUGUGGUGUGAAAUAGCCAGAAAAGGAUCGGAACGGAACAUAUUGAGCGUUUUUUGGCAAGCAAAACACACUUAGUGUUAGAGAGAAAGAGAGAGAGGGAGAUAUAUUGUGAAUGAACUGGUGAUUGGUGCUAGCCCUGAACUUCUUUCCAGCCCUUUCUCCUUUUUUUUAGAUUCUGAAAAGAACUCACAACGUGAAUUUACACCGAUACCGGAAGUGAAGUUUCCCUUGCCCUUGUCUCUACUAUUGCAUUGUUUUUCCCCUUCUCGGUGGCAAUAAUUUAAACACAAAUGGGCUGAAGCAGGUUGUAGAAGUUUCAAAAAGCGGAAGGAAUCGCACACUCACACAUACACACAUUCUCAAAGGAUGUUGAUAGCACUAGAAAGUAAGGAAGGUUUGCCCACUUGCGCUGCGUAUUUAGUAGAUCGUGUUUAGAGUUUUAGAUACACACAUACAUACACACACGCACACACUCACAAACAUAUCUUUUUUGCCUUUGUUAGAAUCAAUUGUUAUUUAGUUAUUUCGAUAUAUAAGUACAUCUCCGUUGUCAAGAGUACACACUAGCCGCGCCUUUCUUCUUUUCACGCACGCACACACUCUAACAUAUUCCCUUCACAACAAAACCAAAUACAAAAUGUGCACUAAAAGCAAGCAAUUUCGUUUGAUAUUAUUAGAACGGUCGACAGGUUUGAACGAGACAGACAGAGAGGAGAUUUAUAAUGGUAUUAUAUUUGGUGGCGUGCGGCGGCCUUUUAUCACAAGAAACCAACCAAGCAAAGAUUACAUAUUAAGGAUGCGCCACAUAGACACACACACACACACACACACACACACACACACACACACACACAUGAGAUGGCUAAAAGCCCGAAAAGAAGGAUCAGGAGAGGAGGAAGUAUUAGAGAGGAAGGCGUUGGAUCUAGCGUAGAAGAAAGGCAGCUUCAUUUGCAUGCGCAAAUACAGCACGCGGCACAAAGAAUUGGUUGGUAGCUGGGAACAAGCGGUCCACCUCACCCCCCCCCCCCCACCUCCCCACAUUUGGUGAUCAAUAAUAGAUUCCAGUAAAAGAAAAACACGUGUCCUCCCAUUCUCCCCAUUCCCCAUUGGGGGUUGGCAGAGUGUCAGCGCAGUGAUAUCAUGCUGCGUCGUCUGUGUGUGUGUGUGUGUGUGGCUGUGCAUCGGUAGUGACCGCGGACGGUGUAUUUAUUUUAUCGAACAACACUCUCGGAUGUGCAUAAAUAUGUAUAUUUUUUGUAGGUUUAUUUUUAUCCUUCCGUUUCCCUCUCUCUCUCUUACACACACACACACUCUUUGAACUCCUUCCCUUUUUUUUCAUUUCACACGACAAUUUACUUGUUGUGGUCGUCGUCGUUGCCGUUGUGUGUCUUCCUCGCAUCGCUUUUGUCUCGUCUACCUUUUUGGGCUGAUGCCAACCAAUAAGCGCUGCUAUCGUGUGAGGACAAACCCUUCCCUCCUGAACUCCUACCUCUCCCCUUUGCAACAGGGGGGCUAGAGGUGGGAUGGGGUGGUGGUUACUUAUGAGAGUAGACAGUAAGUGGUAACAAUAAUAGUAAUAAUAAUAAUAAUAAUAAUAAUUGCGCAAAGCUAUGGGGCAAAAGGCGGAGGGAAGGGGGGGGGGGGGUUGGUGGGUCGGUGGCGCACAUUGUCUAUUUCGAAAGCCCCUACCAACACUAAUAGAUGCGGAUGGAUCCAUAAGCGAGAUACACACAGAAAAACACACACAC